AUGGCAUUGAGGAUACACGGUGGCCUGACACCUGCCAUAAGUGCCUUGCAUGUCCCUCGAGUGCGCACUCGCCUCGCUGUUGUCGAGAAUGUGAGCAGGAUGCCCGGGCAGCGACACCGGGAAAACAAAGGGCCUGGUCGGUGUUUUGCUCAGGGUCUGGCUGCUGGCGUGGCAGCUCUAGCUUUUCGUGGACGUGUAGCCCGUGCUGCAGAAGGUGAUGAAGUCCCCGCUCCGUCGCCGCUUCCGGAAGAAUUUCCUCCGGCGAUCAUCAUCGGGGGAGGGCGGCUAGGUGAAGCUUUUGCCAAGAUGGGCAUGGGCAGCGACGUCAUCGUGCGUCGCGGAGACUCAUUUCCAACAGAUGCCCCAAAGGGCCCCAUCUACGUCUGCACACGAAAUGAUGCUCUGAAGGACAUCAUCGCGUCUGUGCCAGCAGAUCGUCAUGAAGACUUGGUUUUCGUUCAGAAUGGUGCGCUGGUGCCUUUUCUGGACAAGAAUCUCCAGCCAGGCUUGCCUGUCACGAUCCUCCUGGUGUACUUCGCUGUGGCCAAGAAGGGGGAACCUCCACUGGAUGGAAAGACCGACACAGACCCGGAAGGCUUGACAGCCGUGAACACUGGGAAGUGGGCACAAGAAGUGUGCUGGAGGCUGACAACCAGUAACCUCGCGUGCCGGAUGUUGCGAGACCCAGAGUUCAUGCAGGCCUACUGGGAAAAAAACUUAUGGAUUGCAGCUUACAUGCUCGUCGGGGCGCUCCACGACGGCUGCACUGUGGGCGAUGUCGAAGCCAAGCAUCGCAAGGAGGUCGAUGAGCUCAUAGCUCAGCUGGCCACCGGAGUGGCCGCGGCAAAUGCAGAUGUUCGGUGGGACAAGUUGUUGCUGUGUGACCGCUUGGCAGCUUAUGCACGGAGUGUGGCACACUUUCCCACAGCUGUGAAAGAAUUUGAGUGGCGAAACGGGCCCUUCUACGAUAUUUCCUUGCAGGCCAAGGCAGCUGGCAGGCCAGAUCCUUGCCCUCAGCAUACCGCGGGCCUUGAAAAGCUGGGCGUCGUUGGCAAAGAUGCAUGA